AGUUCUUCUGAAUUGAGAAGCAGUAAACAUGAAAUAAGCAGAGAUGUCAAACCUCGUCGACGAACUCCGCUAACUAAUUCCGGAGAGAGUAGUACGGAGGGCGAGUCCAGUCAUCAGAGUCAACGUAGCGUUGUCUACUUGCACGCUACUACUGUUGGUGACAUCCCAGACCCUGGUCAGUUAAUCCGCAACCGUUCGAGAGAUGACGUAUCAUCAGUAAUGUCUUCCAAUGUUCAAGUUCGCAGCACAACAAAGAGCUUCUCACUGUUCGCGCCAUGGACACCGAAACAUUACAGCGAACAACAAGACGUACAUUACGAACAAAGACCUAAAAAGACCAAGCAGACGUACAAAAAGACCACAAAGACAGAAGACAGACCUACAUUACAGAAAAACAAAUCUUACAGUCAGACUACUUUGAAUCGAAGACCACAGAGUCAAAAUCGUUUAACAAGUUCAAGUACAACUUUAUAUCGUAAUAAAAGAAAUGCAAAUGGCAAAGAAAGUGCCAACGAAAGUACAAUAUCUCGCAAAGGACAGAAUAAAAAGAGUCAAUCUAACGAAAUAUUGAACAGAGAUGAAAGAGAAAGAGUUUCCCGUUCAAUAUCAAUGCCUAAAGAUCAAAAUAAAAAAGCUGGCUGGUUUAAAUUAUCAAAUAAAAAUAAAAAACCGGAAAUUAACACGCGUGUACGUUAACACUUUGAAUGCCACAUUUAGAAUUAACUCACUUCGCUUUGUACUUCAUAAUAAACUACAAAUAGAUUAUAAAAACAACACAUGUAAAAUAACAUGACACUUCAAUAUGAUGACGUCAUGUGUAGUGUAAAUUGUACUAAUGUAUUUUCUCGCUAACUAAGAGUUUUGUUGGUGUCAUGUUAUGCACAUAAUUAGAAUAUUCUGGAAUUUAUAUAAAAAUUUUAAUUUAAUAUCAAAAUUUAUAUAUUAAAAUGAACUUUUAACAUUUUAUUUCAUGUUUACAUUCUUUUAAACUGUUAUGUUUUAUUUGAAUAAAAUAGAUAAAUAAAAAACUUCAUAGGAAUUAAAACUAUUGUGAACUUCAUUGCAAUGUACAAAGUACAUAAUGAUAUACAACAUGUGUAUAUGUACUUAUUUUUAGUAUAUAAAGUCCACAAUUUUUAAUAGAAUGUUAACUAAAAAUCGACACAAAUAUUAAAAUAAAUCAGAAAUAAUAAAAUUACAACUAUCUAAUAGUGCCAUCAGUAAAAUUUUCUUAAUAAAUGUUACCAUGUUUAGAAAUUAGUCAUACUUAUGUAACUAUAUAAUAAUUUGCUUUUAAUUUACUAAUAUUAAGAAUUGGUUUUAUAUUUUUUUAAUAAUUAUAUCAUGUGCAUAUUAUACAUAAUUUUAUUUUGCUUGUAAGUUCUUUGAAUACCAGAUUUUAACAAAAUAAUUAUUUGUUUUAAGUUUUUUAGUGU